CCACUGCCGCCGCUGUUGCUUUUGGCAUCGCUCGCAACCACACGAAUUUGGACAGAUGGUCAAGAACAACCAGAAUGGUGGUAUUCCCUCUCCUGGACCUCGGAUACGGCCCCAGAAAAUCCAGAUACAGCCUCUGCAUUGGUCGGAGCGAUACGGUUUCGGCGCCCAUUACCGGCCUCGCUAAUUGCGUGCUGUGUUUUGUUGCUUUGCACGUUUCACAGCCGGCAACGUACCUCCUCACCUGUGCCACCAUCCCGGGCCAGAAAAAAAACUGCCUGAGCCGUUCUAUGGUCCUCUUCAUGCCCCCAUGCAUAGCCGCGUCGCUCUCAUGGGCCUGCUGUAUAAGGGCUGCGGACACAGGACGCGGUACCCAGAGCUUCCAGGAAAAUUCCUCUCGCUCGGGCCGCGUGAACUGCGCCCGCUUAUACAACAGCCCAUCCUCCACGCGUAAAUCCGGAAAUAGCUCCGCGUUCUCCCGCACUUGCUUCAGCCGCUCGGUAUACUCCGCACCUUCGAACUCGGUUGUCUCGAAAUCAAAAAAAUCAACUUCCUCCAGUUCGAAAGGCCGUGAGAGGGGCCAACGACCACCGCGCUAAUCGACCGUCCAACUCCUUCAAUGACAUCAGCCACCGCAGGCUGGCGUGAUCAGUCACCACCUUAAACGGCAUCAACUCAACGUAC